CAUUGCUAAAACUGCACAGGAAGAACGUGUGGGUUCACCAGUUAGCCCUAUUGCCAUCCCACGUAAACAGGCAGUAAACUAUUAGGGAACCCUAACAUAAGAGUUUUCGCCGAAGUUCUCACUCUACCUGGGUGAUUUCUGGCUGUCAGUUUUGGGAUUAUACAACACUUCAGUAUGAGCACAGCACUGAAAGUAAAAAUCGAACGAUCGUUAAGUGUCCCAAGGGCUCGAGAUGACAGUGACAUCAAAUCAGAUGACGAUGCUGAGGCACCCCACCCAGGUCAUCGGUUCUUCACACCUCAACCUGACCGUAAGAAACCUCUUCUCCUCCCGAAGCCCAGAGCCUCAAUACCUGCUGUUUCUCCGAAGAUCAGAGAGGGUGAUGAAAAGCACAACGACAAAGAAUCCUCGCCAAAAGCCAAAACACACGAUGACACCAAAGAAGUGGAGGACAGAGAAAAUGACUCGGUACCCAACGGCCAUCUACCGGCAAAUGAGGGCACUGGGGCUCGCAAGACGGCUCGACUGACGGCCUUACGAGCAGCUAGUACCAUGGAACCCCUCAUACCGAAAAGGAAGGCACCGAGCCAGCCCCCACUGAGCAAGAGACGAACAUCGGACACACAGCUACAAGUUAUAGAACAACUCAUGAAGAGGAAUGAAGCUUUAAAGCACUCAGGCUCAUCAACGCUAAAGCCUGGUUUCGGUAAAAAGGUUGCCAGGUCUGCUAGCAGCGCUGGUCUUCUUUCUCCUUCUUCGAGCCACGAGCGUCAUCGAGGCAGUCGACACCAGUUCCUAACACCUCAACCAACUCGCCGUAAAUUCAACCUCGUUGACCGGACUCCAUCCUUUAACGAUGGCUCUCCCGUGGGCCCUGUAGCCCGUCUUGCCCUGAAGAAUAAACGCCUCACUUCCCAUAACAGCUCAGACUCUGCUCACAGCCCUGAUUUGUCCCCCUCACCUAGCCCUCAUACCCCAGUAAGCCCCCUGGCAGCACCUGCUUACAAAACCAAAAAGAUGGCCUCUCAACACAGUUCAGACUCUGGGCUUACGACAGAAUCCUCCCCGUCUCCUACUCCCCACACCCCAGUGAGUCCCCUAGCCGCCCCGGCGUUCAAAAUCAAGAAGCUGAAUUCUCAACAAAGCUCAGAUUCUGGUCUGAGCUCAGACUUGUCUUCCUCUCCAAGUCCUCUUACCCCAGUCAGUCCAUUAGCAGCUCCAGCAUUCAGUGGUCGUAUGAGACAGACUGUUCGACCUGCUCCUGCGAUACCAGAAGGACAGCAGAACAAGAUUGACUUCCAUCAAUGGAAAGGACCAGACAAGGAGAAACAGUGGACAAAGCCUGAGAAAUCUAACACUGGAUCCAAAGAUGGAAUUUCAAGGAACAGACCCAUCAGUAUGCCGAAUAAUAUCCGUCGCGUCAGCCGUGGCUCCGUCAAUAAAUCCAAGCAGCGCCAAUCGGCUGUGAGGCAGGUGGCGGCCCGUCAGCUAGCAUCUACGGUGAGACCUCCCGUAUCAUCACCGGCUAUCGGGCGCUCCAACUCCUCAAGACAAAGACACCAAAGUGCCCCAGCAGGACGUGUAGCACUGGCCCUAAAACACGACCCAACAACACCUGUUACCAGCCUGACGGGUGGAGAGUCACAGCUCAACACUGCUAUCUCCAAGGGGAUAAGGCGUCGGCACGCCUCAGACAGUCUGCGUAAGGAAGUAUUGCGCUCCGUCAGCAUCGAGAAAUCCAGGAAAAUGUCACUAAUGAGCGAUGAUGGGAGGAGUAAGGAGGAGGUUACACCCCUUGGGAAGGCAGAUUUUGAUUUCCGGCAGGAAAUGGUAAGAAUGAAGUCUGGUCACGACCAACCUGACGCUAGCACCCAGGCUCUCAAUGGAAGCGCCAAAUCUUCAAUGAAAAGGUUUGUGUCUGCAGAUAACAGGAGCGUUUACAGCGACUACCCGUCCACGUUCUCAGAUUCUCCCGGAGGAUCUCCUACCAGACAGAGACCUAAACUACGGCGGGGUCGCAGCUCCAGAACCUCCCUAGGAUCUCUAAAGAGCAUGCUAGCUAGCAACGAGUUCCUCAACGACAUCUUUCUGAGUGACCGUAAAUCACACCGUAAGCUGAAGGGUAUCGUCGGCGCUCUGGCCGGUCUAGUCCUCGGCGGAUUCCUGUUCCUCGGACUCUACUAUGGACUAGAAUACAGCCUUGUCGCUUCCAUCGUCAUGACCUCCAUCGCAACAAUCAUCAUGUCUAUGACUCUUGCGUUUACCGUUCGAGCCCGUUGUGUAGCGGCCUUGAUGAUUCCUACAUUAUGUACCUCCAGAGGGCGGGCUGCAUUCCUUGCGCUCAUUGUAACCUUACUUCUGACUGGUCCUAUCGAUAACAUCUACACCAACGCUAAAGUGGCGUCGGAUUCUAUGAGUUGCAGCGCAGAGCUGGCACAGAAUCAGACCGUCCUCAUCAGAGAUGCCGCCAGGGAAAUUUUCGAUGUUUACAUCCGAACCCUUGAGGACAGCGUGAGAAAAUUGCAGGAUGCGGCGGCGGCUGUUCAAGAUGCCUUUGAGCCGGUAGAAAACGCCCUCAACGACUUUGUGGAAGCUCUUGGAGAAGCAAAGGAGGCAGUUCGAGUUGCCGCUAGUCAUUGCAAACAAAUAAUCAACGGAGCUUAUAAGAUUGCUCUAAAGGAGUUAACGCUGCAAAUAGAGAUUGUACGAGCGCUUUAAGUCAAGUACCCAAUCUUGGAAACACAGGACUAGAGGAAGUUUGUAACAUUUUAAACUUCGGACAGGAAGUCUGCGGCCUCUUACGUGACGCUGAUGGUAUUUGUGAAGUGCCAGCAUUUAUCGAUAAUCUGUUAGACGAGGCAUUCAGAAACUGUCACAAGAGCUCUGGAUGACGUCCGCCAACUGUUCAAUACUGACGUGGACUUCGAAACCUAUUGGGAGAAUCGAUUUAAUCGGAG